AUGCAAGCUCCAGUUGUUUUUAUGAACACCUCUCAGGAGAGGACUAUUGGCCGUCAAGCCCAGAUAUCUAAUAUUACUGCUGCCAAAGCAGUGGCUGAUGUUAUCAGGACAUGUUUGGGCCCUAAGGCCAUGUUGAAGAUGUUGUUGGAUCCAAUGGGUGGUUUGACUGUCACCAAUGAUGGUCACGCAAUCUUGAGGGAGAUUGAUGUUGCUCAUCCAGCCGCAAAAUCGAUGAUUGAGUUAUCCAGAACUCAGGAUGAAGAGGUCGGUGAUGGUACAACUUCUGUCAUUAUACUUGCUGGUGAAAUCCUAGCUCAAUGUGCCCCUUAUCUUAUUGAAAAGAACAUCCAUCCAGUUAUAAUUAUACAGGCUUUGAAGAAGGCUCUAGCAGAUGCUUUGGAUGUUAUCAAUGAAGUCAGCAAGCCUGUUGAUAUUAACAAUGAGUCUGCUAUGAAGAAACUGAUCCAAGCCUCUAUUGGUACCAAAUACGUAAACCAUUGGUCUGAGAAGAUGUGCGAACUGGCUUUGAAGGCUGUGCAAAUAGUUAGAGUUGACUUGGGUGUCACCAAUAGCGAUGAUCCUUCAAACAGAUACGAAAUAGAUACAAAGAGAUAUGUUAGAAUAGAAAAGAUUCCUGGUGGAGACGUCUUAGAGUCCAAGGUUCUCAACGGUGUUCUGCUGAACAAGGAUGUCGUACAUCCAAAGAUGUCUAGAAGAAUCGAGAACCCAAGAGUUGUGUUACUUGAUUGCCCACUAGAGUACAAGAAGGGUGAAUCACAAACAAACAUCGAAAUCCAGAAAGAAGAGGAUUGGAACAGAAUUCUACAAAUAGAAGAAGAGCAAGUUCAACUAAUGUGUGAACAAAUACUUGCCGUUAAACCAAACUUGGUUAUUACCGAAAAAGGUGUUUCCGAUUUAGCUCAACAUUUCUUACUAAAAGGUGGUUGUAGUGUAUUGAGAAGAGUAAAGAAGACUGACAAUAACAGAAUCGCCCGUGUAACCGGCGCUACAAUUGUAAAUCGUGUUGAAGACCUAAAAGAAAGCGAUGUAGGUACCCAAUGUGGUAUUUUCAAGGUGGAACUAAUUGGCGAUGAGUACUUCACUUUCUUAGAUGAAGCCAAAGAUCCAAAAGCCUGUACAAUUAUGCUACGUGGUGGCUCUAAGGAUAUUCUAAAUGAAAUUGACCGUAAUUUACAAGAUGCUAUGGCUGUCGCACGGAAUGUGAUGCUUUCGCCAUCUCUUUCACCAGGUGGUGGUGCCACGGAAAUGGCUGUAUCCGUUAGACUUGCAGAAAAGGCUAAACAAUUAGAAGGUAUCCAACAAUGGCCUUACCAAGCUGUUGCUGAUGCAAUGGAAUGUAUCCCAAGAACCUUAAUCCAAAAUGCUGGUGGUAACCCAAUCAGAACUUUGUCACAACUAAGAGCUAAGCAUGCUCAAGGUAACUUAACUUUCGGUAUUGACGGUGAUACUGGUAAGGUUGUUGAUAUGGUCGACUACGGUAUUUGGGAACCAGAAGUUAUAAAACAACAAAGUAUGAAGACUGCAAUUGAAAGUGCUUGCCUACUGUUAAGAGUUGACGAUAUUGUGAGCGGUAUCAGAUCUCCACAAGAGCAGUAA